CCGGGCUCAGCUCAAAGGCUUCCUGACCCAGCUCAGCCCAGCUCCUGCCCCCAGACCAGCCAGACCAGCCCGCCAGCCAUCCACCAUGGUGCACUGGACCGAAGAGGAGAAGAAGAUGAUCUGCGAGAUGUGGAGUAAAGUGGACGUGGGGGAAACUGGUGCCGAAGCCCUUGGCACACUGCUGGUGGUCUACCCCUGGACCCAGAGGUUCUUCGCCCACUUCGGGAACCUCUCCAGCGCCACCGCCAUCUGCGGCAACCCCAAGGUGCGCGCCCACGGCAAGAAGGUGCUCAUCUCCUUCAGCGAAGCCAUCAAGAACCUGGACAACAUCAAGAAGACCUUCGCCAACCUGAGCGAGCUGCACUGCGACAAGCUGCACGUGGACCCCGAGAACUUCAAGCUCCUUGGAGACGUCCUCAUCGUGGUCAUGGCCUCCCACUUCGGCAAGGACUUCACCCCUGCCUACCACGCUGUCUACCACAAGCUGGUCCGCGUGGUGGCCCACGCUCUGGCGCUCCGCUACCACUGAGCCCCCCGGCACGGCAGCUGCCUCCUUUCCUACCGUGACCGCCCAAUAAAAGCCACGCCUGCAAUGUGAA